AUCGCCGUCAUCCCCUCCCGCUUCGCGUCGACGCGGCUGCCAGGAAAGGCGCUGCUCCCCAUGCUCGGUGGCGAGCCGAUGAUUGCGCACGUCGUGCGCGCUGCGCUCGCCGCCAGCACGGUGCAACGAGUGCUCGUUGCGACCGACCACGAAGGCAUCGCCGCCGCUGCGGAGAAAGCUGGCGCCGAGGCGGUGAUGACCGACAGUGCGCUUCCGUCGGGGACCGACCGCGUCGCAGCGGCGCUUCGCCUGCGCGCCGACGUGGCGGCCACUGCGGACGUCGUCGUCAACGUGCAGGGCGACGAGCCGCUCGUGGAGCCGUCGGCGAUCGACGCGUCGGCGCGACUGCUGCUCUCCCACCCGACGGCCGACAUUGCUACGCUGAGCACGCCUCUCCCUGCCGCGCUGCUCCUCGACCCGAGCAAGGUCAAGGUGGUGUGCGGUCCGCCGCUGCACAGCGAGGGCCUUCUUCCGGUGAGCAGAGGCGCCGCAGGUCCGUCGGGCGGUGGCGCGGAGGGAGCCACCUGCCGGCGCGCGCUCUUCUUCAGCCGCGCGCCCAUCGGCCAACACGUCGGCCUGUACGCCUUUCGGCCGCCCUCCCUGCAGCGCUUCACUCCUCUCUCCCUCUCUCCGAGCCAGGCGCUCGAGCAGCUCGAGCAGAUGCGGGCCCUCGAGGCGGGGAUGGCCAUCCUCGUCGGCGAGGUACAGUCCGCACGCAGCGGCGUGGACACGAGGGAGGACUACGAG